AUGGCGGGACUCAGCGGCGGCGUCUCGUCCGUCUCGGACGCGACGUGCGAGUCCGCGAUCGACUGCUACGUCUGCGACAAGAAGUUCUACGCCUUUCGACGCAAACACCGCUGUCGCUCCUGUGGGAACGCCGUGUGCGGCAGUUGUUCACGGACACACAAAGUCAUGCCGAGCUCGGCCCUAACGCGGUACCCGAACGAGCCCGUGCGCGUGUGCGACAGCUGCGUGCGGGACCAGAACCGGACAAUGCUCGAGCGCCGACGCGCAGAAGACGUGGGCAGAGCUCGUGCGCGUCAAGUCGCAGCGCUGGAAGAAGUCGGACGGCAGCAAGAGGCCGAGCGCAGUCAACGGGAACGCGACGUCGCGCGUGCGCACGCGCGCCGCGAGCAACGGCUGCGGGCGAUCGAAGCGGAACAUUUGGGCGCUCGGCCCGCGCUCGGCGCGUUGCGGGCGCGCCGCGCGACGAGUUUCGACGACUGUGCACGAGACGCGGGGCCGCCGUCGCUCUACGCGAAGGCGCUGAGCGCACUGGUCGAAGACGCAGCGAAGCGGUCCAUUGCGCUCGCUGUGGCCAAGCCGUGUGGACAGGGCGACGUGUACGAAGACAAGCUGCACUUGCUGGACGCUGGCGCCGGUGAGACGCUGGCACCACCACCUCAAACAACAGCGACGACGGUCGUGCAGGAAGCAGAAGAGUGCGCCAUUUGCCUUGAGACGAUGGACGUUGGCAACGCCAUCUACACGACAGCAUGUGGCCACAGUUUCCACUGGAGCUGUCUCAAAGCGAUUCAACAGUCGGACUCGAGCAACUACGACAAGUGUCCGUCGUGUCGGGCGACCAUGACGGAGAUGCAGGUGAAGAAGCAGUGUGACCAUCCACGCGUGCGACUUGGCCAUCGCUUUUGCCGCGACUGUGGGGCCGCUGCGACCGAGCGAGACGCAAAGCCUCGCGUGGACGACACAGCACCGAUGGGCGGCCCCAACGUGCCCAUGUUGACUGCUGCCGCUGCACCAGAGCUGCACCAGCCGGCGUCGUACCGGGCCAGUCCACACGGCGCGCUCGUGCGUUGCCCGCAGUGCCACAUUCAAAUGCGUGUGCUGCCCCACAUGUACAACAUGCGCGUGGCAUGUCUGGCAGGCCACAUGUUCUUGGUUCAAGUUGCCAAUCAACCAGGAGGCGGCACUGGAGGUGGACGCGGCAGCUACGGCGGCUUGGGCGGGCCGGCUGGCCCGAGGGUGCCCAUGCGUGGUGCGAGCACAGGCUAUCCGGGCUCGUACUAUCACUCGACACACAAUUACUCGGAGCAGCAGUAA